GCCUGCAUCCCGGGUUUGCAGUUGUGGUUUAUUUUUGGCAGGCCAGCCUUCCAUCACCAAGUACCAAGCCGCAGAAGUAGAAAAAGAUAGCAACUCUAACAUAAGUGGUUGCUCACGACACUGCUUCAGUCCUUCACGAUCCCAGUCUCCAAAGGCCUCCAGGACCUUGGAAUUCUUGUUAUCUUCAUUUAAGAGCCUACAGGACAUAACGAGGCCCUUGAGGUCCCCCUGAGACCUACCUGAGUAUGACCCGGGAUGAGGCCCUCCCUGACUCCCAUUCUGCACAGACCUUCUAUGAGAACUAUGAGCCCAAGGAGAUCUUGGGCAGGGGAGUCAGCAGCGUGGUCAGGCGCUGUAUCCACAAACCUACCUGCCAGGAAUAUGCAGUCAAAAUCAUCGACAUCACAGGCGGAGGCAGCUUCAGCUCCAAGGAGAUACAGGAGCUUCGGGAAGCCACACUGAAGGAGGUGGACAUCCUGCAGAAGGUCUCUGGACACCCCAACAUCAUACAGCUGAAGGACACUUACGAGACCAACACUUUCUUCUUCUUGGUAUUUGAUCUGAUGAAGAGAGGGGAACUCUUUGACUACCUCACUGAGAAGGUCACCUUGACUGAGAAGGAAACCAGUCUAGAACCUAGACUGUCCCAGCCCAUCCUGGAUCCCCCAUUGCACGCAGUGAGGUUGGUCUGUGGGCUUUGGCCUCCCCGCCUCUUAUCCCUGAUGAAAGUCUGCGGGACCCCCAUUUAUCUGGCCCCUGAAAUCAUCCAGUGCUCCAUGGACGACAGCCAUCCUGGCUAUGGGAAGGAGGUGGACAUGUGGAGCACUGGCGUCAUCAUGUACACGCUCCUGGCUGGCUCCCCACCCUUCUGGCACCGGAAGCAGAUGCUGAUGUUGAGGAUGAUCGUGGAUGGCAAAUACCAGUUUGGCUCACCCGAAUGGGAUGACUACUCAGACACAGUGAAAGACUUGGUGUCUCGCUUCUUGGUGGUGAAACCCCAGGACCGCUGCUCGGCAGAAGAGGCUUUGGCGCACCCGUUCUUCCAGCAGUAUGUCGUGGAGGAAGUGCGGCACUUCAGUCCCCGAGGGAAGUUCAAGGUGAUCUGCCUAACUGUGCUGGCCUCGGUAAGGAUCUACUACCAGUACCGUCGGUUGAAGCCCAUAACCAGGGAGAUUGUCAUCCGAGACCCCUACGCCCUGAAGCCUCUCCGUAAGCUCAUCGACGCCUACGCUUUCCGAAUCUACGGUCACUGGGUAAAGAAAGGGCAGCAGCAGAAUAGAGCCGCCCUCUUCGAGAACACACCCAAGGCAGUGCUCCUCUCCUUGGCCGAGGAGGACUUCUGAGGGGUAGUAGGACACCCCAGAACUGUGGAGUCCCCAAAGAGUUCUCUGCGUCGUUGCAGGUGGCCCUACUCUGUGCACCCCACUAAAAGCACAGGGUGUUCCCAUUAAACAGCAGUAAUUACAGCUAGGGCUGGGUGUGGUGGCCUGUGCCUGUUGUCCUGAGGCAAUAGGAUCCCAGGUUCCAGGACAGCCUAGUGAUGGUUGCUUCAAAAUAAAAACAGGGCUGGAAAUGUAACUCUGUGGUGAGUGUAAGGCCCCAUGUUCAACCCCUGGUAUACAAAAGUAGAUAGAUGAAUAGAUAGAUAGAUAGAUAAAUAGAUAGAUAGAUAGAUAGAUAGAUAGAUAGAUAGAUAGGUGAUAGAUAGAUGAUAGAUUGAUAGACAGAUAGAUCGCUCCAAUGCAGCAGAGGCCGUGCCAGGUAGGAGUGGGAGGGCAGAGAGCCCAUGUGCUUUGGGAGCGAGAGGCCUCCUGGCUUCUCUACUGUGCACCUUCACCAUAGUCUUGGGUUCUUUCUUCUUUUUUUAGACUUAUGUAUUUUAUGUGUGCUUCAUCCAGCUGUUUAUUAUGUGCACCCCCUACCUGCAGUACCUGUGGAGGUCAGAAGAGGGUAUCAGAUGCCCUGAAACUGAAGUUUGGGAACCACCAUGUGAGUGGUAGGAACUGAACCCCUCUUCUGCAAGCACAAGUUCUCUUAAAUGCUAAGCCAUCUCUCCAGCUCCUGUCUCAGUUUCUUUAGGGGCCCAAGGUUACUGAUAAUGGAGGAAGUGGAGGCAGGAUGAUCAGGAGGAGCUCAAGGCCAUUCUUGGCUACACAAGGAGUUUGAG